AUGGCAACUCCAAUGCCAACUACUGGAAAACUUCAAUCCAAUCCAGGAGAAAAAUCUGUUGAUCAGAAACUAUAUAGAUCCAUGAUCGGAAGCUUGUUGUACUUAACUGCAACAAGUGGUACUGUAGAUUAUGGUCUAUCAUACUCUAUGGAUACAAACAAUAGUCUUGUUGCCUACUCGGAUGCUGAUUGGUCAGUUUGUGUAGAAGAUCGGAAAAGCACCUCAGGUGGUUGCUUCUAUGUUGGUCAAAAUCUUGUUGCUUGGCACAUCAAGAAACAUAAUUCGCAAUCUUUAUCAACCUGUGAAGCAGAAUAUGUUGCUGCUAGUACAUUUUUUACCCAACUAUUAUGGAUGAAAUAG